UACGUCAUCAACAAGCGACGCAGCGGAUGGAUCUGGACAACAUGGGUGAAACGUUGGUGUUGGUGCAAAUGAUGGAAAAUAACCUCUUUUGGACUUGAGACCACACAUCGCUCUCUUCCUUUUGCUACAAUAUUGUUCUUCAACCCGUCCAUCUUCAAAUGAAUCCAUUAAUUAGACGGAGACUUCCUCCGUCCGUGAGGAGUCUUCUAACAGACAUCGGUCCAAAGGAGGAGUGGACUGACUCAGAGCCCGACACAGUGACCAGAGAUGGGGUUCUGCUCCCGACCAGAGGACCUGCUUCUGGACAAGAGGAGUUCAUCACUCCAGCCAAGACCCAGGAGGAGGCAGCAGUGGAUGGUAGUAACACCAGAAGCAGUGCGGUCUGCAUGCUGUGUAAAUCUAAGCCCUCUUGCUACACCUGUCCUCGGUGUAACCUGCAGUACUGUGGCUUGGCUUGCUACCAGAGCCCAGAUCACUCUGUGUGCUCUGAGGAGUUUUACAAGGAGUCUGUUCUACAGGAGCUGAAGGAUAUGGGGAAAACGGAAAGUGAAGGGAGGAAUAAAAUGCAGGAGAUUCUUGUGGGACUGAGACAAAAGGCGGAAAAGACGGAUGGAGGGAUGGAAAGUUUGUUAAAGGAAGCCGGUAUUUUGUCAGAAGACACAGAUGAAGGGGAGGGUGAGGCAACAGAGAAAGUGCAGGUUGUGGAGCUCCUGUCCAGGUUAGCGGAGCUUCAACAGUCAGGCGAAGGGAGUGAAACAGAGAUUGAGGCUAUUUUGACAAAACUUGAGGAGAUUGGAGGAGGAGAGGCGCUACAUGGAGACAUAGAUGAGGGCGCUGAAGGUGCAGAAGGUGCAGAAGGUGAGCUGGAUCUGGCUGACCGGCUCUCGGGGCUGGACAUUGACAGACUUUCCGAGGAGGAGCUGUGGGAAGUUCUUAAUAGUAAAGAGAAAGAAACGUUUAUGGGUCUGAUGAAGGGUGGAGCUCUUGGCGAGCUGAUUCCCCUGUGGAAGCCGUGGUGGGAGGAGCAUGAGGAGGGAGGGAGAGCACUGGUGGAGGUGCUUGAGGAGGAAGUGAGCAAACUGGAGAGUGAAAAUUCGACAACUAUGGAUGCUGAUAAUGAGGUCAAGACGUCACAAGAAGUGGGCAAAUCAGCUACAAAGCUGAAAAAGAUUAAGGGAGGAAACAGAAUGGAAACAAGCAAGGGAAAGGGAAGUUCAGCAGUCCCCAGUGUCCCUCAAAUUUCUGCAAAAAUACCAAAGUUGACUUCCUUGUGUGCAAAUCCAUCUCCCCUUGUAUGCUAUGGUUUGGUCAAUGCACUGUUUGGCUACACCUUCACCCUGAACCUGUUUAACAAUGACACUGAUUCGCUGAUGUUUGAGGUCUGUGACAUGAUUCUUGCUUUGUCUGAGGCACUGAACUCAAACAGGGUGUUCACCUCUGUCCAAGAGGCCUUAGACUGUGGAGAAACUCUCAUUUUGAGCGAAGGUUACCUGGACAAGGAGGAUCCUCUCGCCUCAGCCAGGGCGUUGGAAGCCGUGGCUCACAUCACGACCGGCCGAGACAGAAGGGACACUACGGGAUACUGCCUGGCAGCUUUGAGUCAGCUUCGCUCAGUGCUCUCCCGGGCCAGAACAGCUCUUUCUAAAGAGGGAGAAGAAGGAGCAAAGAGACAGAAGUACUUCCUGGCAAGCAAGAAGUGUGAAUUCUUUCAAGCCUGGGUGUUGGACAAUGCGCUCAGGAUUCGUAGACUCGCCAUUGAGUUGUGGAACGAACACAGUAAAAGAGAGAGUGUGAGGAGCAGCAUGGAGAGAGAGAAGACUGUUGUUGAGAAGAGCUUGAAGAAAGGGAAGAGCAAAGGGAAGGUUCAGUUAAUUGAAGAACUGAGCUCAGGAAAUCUUUCUUAAAAAAUACCAAUGUUUGUAAAAGUUCAUUAUGUAAUAAAAAAGAUAUGAAUAGCUUUUCUCACUCAAAAUUCUGUCACUAAAAGGCCACUACUGGUCUGAUCUUUAUAUACUGUUUUUUGCUACAAUAAAAUAUAAGCAGACAUCUUUUUGUAUUUCAUGAUUUCUUGCUUUACAUAUUGGAAAAAUGUUUAAAAAGUUUUACAAACACAAACAACAGGUUUACAACUAAAGUGUAGGAUUAUGACAUGCAAGAA